AUGACAGCAUCAAGUCGAGGUGGACGGGCCCUUCGGGCUGCGCUAUCCACUUCUCCCAAUAUCUGCGUCCGAUGCGCUUCUUCUUCCUCCUCCGCCUUCCCUAAACUCUCGGCCCGCCUCUACUCCUCUGCCGUCGAUGUCACAGCCGCCACCACCACAGACUCUGCCCCUCCAGCGGCGUCCCGCCCUCCUCCUCCACCCUACGAUGUCCGGUCCGGCAUGAUCCUCACCCGGCCGCCGCUGGUGACGCGGAAACUGCACCCGUUCGAGAACUCCUUCUUCUUCUACCAGAAGCGCCUCGAGGAGCGGCUCAACACGCCCUUCAUCACGAGCAUCUACUUCAAGCCCGACACGGCCCGCCGGCUGGACUGGAACGUCAAGGUCCAGGAGCGCCAGGGUACCGUUGCCAAGGAGCUCGGUGUGUACAAUGGCAAGAGCUCCAAGGCUUGGGACGACGAGCUCCGUGUCGGCGACAAGCUGAGCGACCAGGAGAGCAUCGUCAAGGCCCUGCUCAAGGACGCAGAGGCCCGUGUCAGUGAUGAUGCCGAGCUCAUCGCCCCGGAUGAUGUUGUGCCUGUCGAGCCGCCCGUCGACCGUGUCACAGAGGCCGACCGCAAGGGCGAUGUGAAGCGACUGGAUCGUCAGCUCGACCGGACGCUGUAUCUGGUUGUCAAGGGCAAGGAUGGCUGGGGCUUCCCCGCGGAUGUGAUUCCCAAGGACGAGAACCUACACGAGUCCGCUAAGCGUGUCCUUGACCAGGCCGCUGGUGUCAACAUGAACACAUGGGUCGUCGGCCGCGUGCCCGUCGCCCACGUCGUGACAAAGCCCACGCUCAAGGCCGACGGCAGCGUCGAGAAGAAGGGCCAAAAGACCUUCUUCCUCAAGGGCCGGAUAAUGGCCGGCCAGGCGGACCUCGAGGGCAACCCCUUUGGCUACACCGACUUCAAGUGGCUGACCCGCGAGGAGCUCGAGGCCGAGCUGUCGCCAGAGUACUUCAAGGGCGUUCGCAACAUGAUGGCCGACAGGUAG